AUGGCCCCGGCUGCACAUGCAGCAGCCGGACGGCCGCUGGUGGUGCUGCUGCUGCACGACGCCGCGGACGUGUUCCUGUACCUGUCGAAGUCGCUGCACUACAGCCGCGUGGGCUCGGGGGCCGUGGAGUUGUCCUUUUGCGUCUUCGUUGUUGUUUACUUCGCCACCCGACUUCUCAUUUUCCCCUUUUACUGCGUCAAGCCCACUCUCAACACGCAGCUCAUCCGCGCCCUCACGCAGGACUUCGUCGAGUCCCGCUGGCGCAUCCCCGGCGGACUGGUGCUCCCCUGGUUCCUCGUUGUCCUCCAGGUUUUGCACAUUUACUGGUUCUGGUGUAUCAUAAGAAUGGCCGUGGGCCUCAUCACAGCUGUCCGCAAUGGGUCGCGUGAGGACUGCGAGGACGUCCGCAGCGAAGAUGAAGAUGAGGGAGAAAACGAAAGUGAAGAAGGAAAAGCUGCAGCAGCAAAGAAGCAACAAUGA